AUGUCAGCUGAGGUGUUCGGGAAAUACAUUGAAAAUAGACCAAACGACAUCGAUAAGAUGGACUUCAUUUUGGAAAUGUUGCAAAUGAUUCGCGAUUUGUUGUGUAAAUGUCCAUUUCCGUCCACCUGGCAGCAGAUGAUAAUGCUACAGAAUAAGACUGUUCAUAAAGCUUUACGUUUUCUGAUGAAUGCUAUACAAGGACACUUUUCCAAUGAGAGGGAGAGCUUCUACUCAGAUCAGCUGUGUGCUUCGUCACGCAGCCAUCUCUACAGCCCAGUGAGGAAUGGCUCCGAGACGAAGGAGAUUCCCGUAUUCAACUACGGAAAGGAACUGCUCGCGAUCUUCGGUCAAUGUGGUUCCGUCUCACGCAAAAUGGUCUACAUCCCCCGUCUUGUUGGAGCGUUUCUAAAAGUGGCUCUUGUGGAAGACGACGAGACCAGGGAAGCAACGAUUCCGAUAUUUUUUGAUAUGAUGCAGUGCGAGUUUCACUCGUGUUUUUCGGAUGAGUUGAUUACGCAGCUGGACAGCCUGGUGGAUCAGGAUCGAGGAACGAGAGCCUUCCAAGAGCAGUUCUCCAAAAUCUUGAGGAGCCAGUGCCAGUCUGACAAAGAGCUGUGGGAAGGCGGCGGUCGCGACCUCAUUGACCGAGUAGAUCGGCUCCUAGGACACCUGUUCGAGUACCGACUAGUGAGAGAAACCUCCGACUGCAUGGAAAAUGGAAUGAGUUUAGCAAGACCGUUCAAAGUGUUGCCCAGGUACUAUGAGAAGUAUAGGCAUCAUAAUCUCUACAUCACCUACGUCUACAAGUUGUAUAACCUGCAUAUGACUUAUAAUAAUCAGAUCGAAGCUGCACGAACCCUAAUGCUUUAUGCGAACACCCUCAGUUGGAAUGAUAGAGAACUGGACGAAUCCUUAAUUGCCAGACGGCUGAAUCGACACUGCGCCGUCGAAAGACAGCUGAAGGAUAGCCUUCUUUGUGAAGCUGCGGAUCUUUUUGCCGAAGGUGAAAUGUGGGAAGAUGCUAUCAAGAUACUCAAGGAACUCCUGCCUGUUUACGAAUUUACCUAUGUUGAUUAUGACAAGUUGGCUUCGUUAAUGGUGAGAAUUGCCGAGCUGUAUCGUAAGAUUGAUCGCGAAAAUCGUGCAUUUUUCUAUUACUACCUUGUGGCAUUCUACGGCAAAGGAUUCCCGAGCUACCUGAAUGGGUACAGUUUCGUGUUUCGCAGCGACAAGUUGGAGCGUCAUGCGGACUUCAUGCAGCGAAUGCAGCAGAUUUACGGCGGUCCCGAAGCAAUUAUGUCCAUGGAUGACUGUUCCCACUUGAAAAACACUCCCGGUCGAUAUAUGCAGAUCCGUGACUUUGAGUAUAGUCGCGUAGAAGAGCGGAAAGAUACGAAGUGGACUGCGGUCAAAGAUUCGGAGCUCAUGCGAACUUGGAUAGUCAAGCGAACAUUGAUAAUCUCCACUUCACCACCAAUCUACGUAAAUCCGCUGCGACGUUCAGUCGAUCAGAUGCAACGGAAGAACACAGAACUGAUGGAAACGGCUCUAUUAGUGCUACUUAAUCGUGUACAUGCUGUAAAAAAGCUCUCUGGGGAGAUUCUUGGCGUAGUUCGUCCUGCUGUAAUGGGCGGUAUCAGUAAUUAUGAGGUGUUCUUCUCUGAUGAGUGCUCUAGAAUCUACGACUCUGAGGAGAAGCAGCUUGCCAUGCAUUUAAGUGCUUUAAUAAUUGAACAGGUGGAAAUUUUGGAAUUCUGUCUGUAUGCUCAUGCAUCUCGCUCGGAAAUCACCAAACAGUUCCAUGACCACCUUGUUGAAGGAUUUUAUGAGCACAAGCAAUACGUCGAGGACAAAUUUGGCCGAACGCGUUCAAUUCUGCCUGAGGGAGCGUCUAUACGAUAUUCGGUCGAAAGUAACGGUAUUGAUGCGAGUAAGAAAGCGGUUUCAAGUAGUUCACUUGAUGCCAGCUCUAGUGGGACAUUGAACCUAAGAUCGCGUGGGGCUGCAAUAGGAUCCACGAUGCUAAGUAUGCUUGACUACUUCGAGAAAGUCCAAGUGCAUAAUCGCACCAUAUCGGAACGUAUCGAUGCUGCCCGUAUAUUUGCAUCCAUGAGAGAUAACAGUGUGGAUUCGUUCCGUUCGUCAGACCAUUCGAGCAGGAGGCCGACGGCAGAUGGACUCGAAGGUAUACGACUUCGAACACGCACUCGAAGAAGCUUGGACCACCUGGCUUGCGCUCCUCCACCGCUUCCUCCGCGUACGCAUGCUGCUACAUCAAACGAUAAUUUAUCUAAUGAUAGAAAUUUCUUUACUGAACCACGACAUAAUAAG